AGAAACAGAAACAGAGAGAGACAGUGAGAGACAGUGAGAGACUGAGAGAGACAGUGAGAGACAGUGAGAGACUGAGACAGAGAGAGACAGAGAGAGAGAGAGAGAGACUGAGAGAGACUGCGGUGAUAAACAAACACACGCGCAGCAGCAGCAGAAGAGCCGUUAGGAUCCUCUCGCGCUCCGCUGCGGCUCUUUGACAGCAACGGUUGACUACCAGGAGAGAGAGCUGACCUUCUAAUCACGGAUACCGAGCUGUUAAAGACAGAACCGGGACUUUAUAUCUGGAAAACCCCCUAACCCCUCACCCAGGAUCUGUGUCCCCUUCUUCCUCCCCGCUGGACUCGGCUUAUGUGACACAUUAACGGCGGAGAAACAGAGAAACAUGACGGAGCUGAGGAAGCGAGGAGGAGGAGGAGGGGACACCGACAGCACCGACAACAUCAGCGACAAGGAGGCCGAUGGUGAUGACAGGCUGGGCUUGCAAUGCGACGCAGAGGGAGAUUGUGAUGGCGACUCCAAAGCAGACACUCCAGAUGUUCCUCUCUCCACAGCAGACACAGACAACACUCCACAAUACCUGAACAAAGCUCUGGAGGGCCUGCCGCCCAGAUGGAAGAACUACUGGAUACGAGGGGUUCUGUCUUUAGCCAUGAUUUCAGGCUUCUUCCUCAUCAUCUAUAUGGGACCUGUCACUCUUAUAUUAGUGGUCAUGACUGUCCAGAUCAAGUGUUUCCAAGAAAUCAUCACCAUCGGCUACAGAGUUUACCGUUCCUAUGAGCUGCCUUGGUUCAGGACACUAAGCUGGUACUUCCUGAUUUGCGUCAACUACUUCUUCUAUGGUGAAACUGUUGCGGAUUACUUCGGGGCUCUGGUGCAGAGGGAGGAGCCUCUGCAGUUCCUGGCCCGCUAUCACCGCUUCAUCUCCUUCGCUUUGUACCUCGCAGGUUUCUGCAUGUUUGUGCUGAGUUUAGUGAAGAAACAUUACCGCCUGCAGUUUUAUAUGUUUGCUUGGACCCAUGUGACCCUGUUGAUUGUGGUAACUCAGUCCCACCUUGUCAUUCAGAACCUGUUUGAAGGAAUGAUCUGGUUCAUUGUGCCGAUCUCCAUAGUGAUCUGCAACGACAUAAUGGCCUAUCUGUUUGGCUUCUUCUUCGGAAGGACUCCGCUGAUCAAGCUCUCCCCCAAGAAGACCUGGGAGGGCUUCAUCGGAGGUUUCUUCUCCACUGUGGUCUUUGGCUUCAUCCUGGCCUACCUCCUGUCUCAGUUCCAGUACUUUGUGUGUCCCGUGGGCUUCAACAGUGAGACCAAUGGGUUUACCGUUGAAUGUGAGCCGUCUGAUAUCUUUGUGAUGCAGGAGUACACGCUUCCCGCUGUGGUACAAAACACACUGAGUUGGAAAACGGUGAACCUGUAUCCCUUCCAGAUCCACAGCAUCUUCCUCUCGUCCUUCGGGUCGCUCAUCGGACCUUUCGGCGGCUUCUUCGCCAGCGGCUUCAAGCGAGCCUUCAAAAUCAAAGACUUUGCUGACACCAUCCCCGGCCACGGCGGCAUUAUGGAUCGAUUCGACUGUCAGUACCUGAUGGCCACUUUCACACACGUCUAUAUAGCCAGCUUCAUCAGGGGACCGAACCCCAGCAAGGUGCUCCAGCAGCUGUUGAUGCUUCAGCCGGAACAGCAGCUCAGCAUCUUCCACACUCUGCACUCCCACCUGAGAGAGAGGGGCAUGCUCCCCCCAGCUGCCGCCCAGGCGGAGUGAAACACCGCCGGCUUCACGAGGUGAUGACUGGAGAGUGGGUGGUGGUGGUGGUUUGGAGAGUUUGUGUAAGCAUGCACACACACAUACACACACACAUAAGUAUGGCUGUAUGAUGUGUGAUCCCAGGCCUCUCUCUGAGCGUCCAUCGUCAUCCUGCCGGCUCUUCAUUCGACUUCCAAAAUCACGACUUUGAACCUGAAGUGACUCUCCAGACUACGUGGAAUAACCUCGUAGUAAAAAAUAACACAAUACCAACAACAACAACAACAACAACAACAACAUAGACGGCUCCGUUGCUUUCCACCUGGACCGGUUCAUAAACUACGACACGCUUCACGAGCGAACUGGCUGUCCCCAUCCUAAAAACGUACAGACUGAAGAUAAAAAUGACUUAUCGGACUCUAAAGCACGUGGCUUUCUCAGCGCAGGUGGAUGGUGGACGUGCAGUUUUCCCCGUGGACGGCAAAUAUUGCACUGACUUUAGCUGAACAAAUGGAUUAAAGAAGCUUUUACCAGCAUCAACUGGGCCCAAAGUUUUGGGCACGUGGACCUGACAGCAAGCGGACUGUUGAGACUUGUCUUUCUGGGGUUUGGGUGCGGGCGAAGCAAUGAUGCAGCAGGAUUGUCAGAAUACUGUAGACACUGUUUUAUAUACUAUGCUCUAUUUAAUGGUCCUAACCUCACAGCUUAACGAAACAUGUAGCAUGUACGCAAGUCCUGUCUUGGGCUACUGCUAAACUAAGCCAUGUUUAUUCUUCCACUUCUCGCUUUUAGGUUUCUGUCUGGAUCUAAAAUAACUCGCACAAUUAAAGUCAACGCAGACUGACUGUAGGCAUGUUAACGCAGAAACUAGAGCAUCAGCACUCAAAGUUAAUGUAUUGUACAUAAAUAUACUGAAUAUAUUUAGCUGAACAAAUACCUAAUACAUACUAUAACUUCUUGUGUGACCUGCUGGGGGGAGAAAAAACACUCUUAAAGCUAUGAGAAAUGAUAUGCAAAAAUAGAGAUGUAACUCAUUUGUAGCCUUUAGCAUGAACAAAUUAGAUUUUUAUGAGGUAGGGGUGUAGAGUUGAUCUGAGGUUGCUGCUUAUUUAGAGGGUGUGCCGGGUGAACCUUUACAGGAGUAGGCAAAAAGAAUUUAAAGGAAUAGUUUGACAUUUGGAAAAUCUGUUUAUUCUUGCGGAGAAUUUGAUGAGAAGACCGAUACCAGUCUCACGUCUGGAGCCGGAGCUGGGAGGUGAAUAACAUAAACAUUUGGGACACCAUCCAUCCAUCCAUCUGCAACCGCUUAUCCCGUUAGGGGUCGCAAGAUUUGGGACACCAACUUACUAAUAUCCACCUACUGUACCAACACACAUAAAGCUCACUAGCUUGGAUAUUCUCUGAGAUCAAAGGCGUAAAUUUACGA